UCUAUCAGCUAUCAGCUGUUAUAAUAAUAACUUUUCUUUCGUUACUGUGUGUGGUCUCUCAUGGACAUUCUCGCACCUCUUCCUCCCCGGCUAUAAUCUUCCAUUUUUACUCUGUACUUUACAGGUCCAAAUGGCGUUGAUGACAGUAUACUACAAAAUGCCAUAUAAACAUCAUGCCCUUUCAAUUCAAGGAGUAAUAACAAAAGGAGCCCUGGUUCAUGAUAGUUUUUCUCAUAGAGAAAAUUUGUGCUUGAUUCUGUAUGCCUUGGAGUCUAAUACCAGUAACAAGAAGCAGCUCAGGUCAUUAGACUCUUAUUUUAGGAAACUCCAUUGCGGUUCUCCUAAUUGGGAGGUACAGCAAAUUAAACCAAGUGUCAGAAACAGGGCAGAGAAGGAGCUGGAAACUCUCAAUGAUUAUCUUGACAAACUUAAUAACGAUGAUUCUGAUGUAAAUUUGGAGGAUUAUGUAUCAUCUAUAUUUGAUGAUCAAAUGACUCAAUGGAAUCAAUUACCACUGGAUGUUAGCAGUGGUUCACAGACAAAUGACGAGAAGGAACUGAAAAAUUUCCGGAUGCUAAGAAGUAUGGAUGGCCAAAGACAUUCGAAGAAUCUGCCUCAAGCUUUGGAUCAAUAUGAUGAAAUCUCUGAUCUCUAUUUGAUAGGUAUAUUGGCCUCGAUAAACAUUGCAGUGUUUCUGUUUCAAAUAGCCAGUCCUGUAAAAAACGCUGAGUUUGAGCUCCUUUCACUGCCAUUAUUAUAUGGAGCAAAGAUAAAUGAUCUGAUUAUGGUUGGAGAAUGGUGGAGGCUAUUGACACCAAUGUUUCUGCACUCCGGACUUGUUCAUGUAGCUCUUGGCUGUUGGUCUCUCUUUACCUUUGGACCUCAAGUUUGCCGAGGUUAUGGUUCAUUCACAUUUUUCUUGAUAUAUAUACUCGGAGGAAUCUCCGGAAACUUAACGAGCUUUCUUCACACACCCGCACCAAGUGUUGGUGGAACUGGACCAGUUUUCGCCAUAAUAGGAUCUUGGCUGAUUUACCAGAAACAAAACAUGGAUGAAACCACAAAGGAAGAAGUUUCAGACAAAUUGUUCCAGAAGGCAAUGAUUAUCACCGGUCUCUGUUUCAUCUUAAGCCACUUUGGUCCCAUUGAUGACUGGACACACUUAGGAGCAGCUUUUACAGGGAUAAUGUACAGCUAUUUCACGCACCCUACCCUCCAACUGGACGACACUUCGUCCAGAACUGGUCAAGAAGAAGGAAUCAGACUCGUCAGAAAACAUGCUGAUCCCUGUAAAUCGUUCGUUUUAUUCUCCAUCUUCGUUCUUGUUUUGAGCUCUCUGCUUCUCUUCAUUGAACCCCCGCAUACCAUGCCUGGGUCUUAUGACUUUGUUCUAUAAUCUAGGAUACAACAUACUAGUAUAUAUAGCUGGUGAUAAAGCCAAAUAUAGCUGGUAAUAAAGGCAAAUAUAUGCAUAUACAUCAAUAUCUAUAUAUAUAUGGAAGAGAGAUACUGUAAUGGUUCGUGUUAUAUAACAGUCUUGUCAGGUUCCAUUUUGCAUCAAAUUCAUCACUGUUGAUGAGAUAGGCUGUUUAGCAUUUUUCUUUUUCAUAAUCGGUCUUCAAGCAUAAUUAUCAACCAAGUUAUCUUUGGUUUCUUGAGUAAGUGAAAACCCAUGUCUAUCUUAAGCAAAGCCAGUGCUCAGGUAUUCUGGGUUGAGCUCCAUGAGAGAAUUGAACGGACCUUCAACAUGUUCAUGCUCUUGUGGGAACCUAAAAUUUGCAGAGAAAGUCUUGAAUUACGUUCAAUACCCAUGCUUGUUCACGUAGAACGUGAUCUUUACAGCGUUUGCAAAAAAAAAAAAAAA